AUGUCUUGGCAUAAAUGGAAUAGCUUCAGCUUUAAAUAUACAGGAGAAAGCAAGGCUACAAAUACAUGUCGGUAUUGUGAUUUUUCAAAGCACUCUCCGAACGAAUUCUACAAACAAAUUCAUAACAACACUCAACCAGAAUUCAAUAUGAAUGAAGCGCAUUUCGAUUGGUUAAUUAUAGCCAAAUCAAUUGAAGAUUUUAAAACUUUAAGUGAAUCGUUAAACGCAACUAAUGUGCGAUUUGAUCAGAAUAUUGUUGUUACUUUUCCUGGUCAUGGAUUUCGAGUAAUAAAAACCGAGCUAUUUUUGACUAGUUACAAAGAGAUCCAAAAUCAAAUGAAUUUACAUAAUGCGAAUUUGAACAUUUAUGUUAUUCAAGUUUUUAAAAUGCGAUUGAAUUCAACUCUAUUCGUUGCUAUGUUAGGAGAAUGGAAUCAAGAUCAAUCGAUGAGCUCCUUAAGCGCUCCUUAUCCAGUUGAGGCUCGGAAUCUUAUGGGCGAGGUGUUAAUAGUUGGCAGGUGUAAUUCUUCUAUCGACGGGACAACUUUACCUGAUGAAGAAACUUCUUCAACGCCAGAUUUAUUAGACAACGUUUUGGACUUUUUGACGAAACGAUUGAAUGCUACAUCAUUAUCUCGAUACUAUGGUAAACUGGGUUACCGGACAUAUGAAGGCGCUUGGACUGGACUUCUCGGGGCUUUGAUGGAACAUUCGGUAGAUAUAGCCCUCGAGCCAGUAACUGCUGUAACCUCACGUCAAUCUGAUAUGGAUUUUAUAUUUCCCAUUACAAGAACAAUGUGCAACAUAUACAUUCGUCACCAGGAAACGUCUGCUGUCCGAGAUAUUUUCUUAGCUCCAUUCAGCCCUCAACUAAUAGCCUGUGUGGUUUGUGUGGCGUUCUUAGCUUCCAUAACAAUGAUAAUUAUAAGCAAAACAUGUCUUAAAGCCAGAUGUAUGAGCUUUACUGAUGUUAUAAUUUGGUCCAUGGGUAUUAUUUGUCAACAAGGUAGUUCUUGGAGACCGUGUAAUGCAGCGGCAAGUGUUGUAUUAAUAGUUAGUUUAUUAUUCGCAUUGGUAAUAUAUAAUGCAUACGCUGCAUUUAUAACUUCAGUUCUUUCGGUACGCGUUGCUAAUGUAGGGUCAUUAGCAGAUGUACUGCAGUCAUCUAACAUAAAAAUUGGAUAUGUUAGAAAUGGAGCAGACCAAAUGUAUUUAAUGUCGACAAAAGAUGUACAGCUUAACGCAUUCUAUAUUCGUGGUUACUCUGAAGCCGAGAAUCUAGUGUCGUCCACCGAGGAAGGUCUAGUUCGUGCAGCCAUACAAGAUUACGCAUUUUUCUCAGGCCAGCGGGCUGCUCGGACUACUAUUAGGUCUUUGAGCCAAGCGCGAGGUCGUUGUGCACUACGUGAGCUGCCAGUAUUAUCUACGCGUGCGCAGGUGGCUUUUCCUCUUCCUAGUGGAUCACCAUAUGCAAGGCCUGUGCUUAUUAGUUUGCUACAAUUAAGAAGUGGAGGUAUUCUAGCACGGCUCGAGGCUGCUUUGGAACCGAGCAUGCCCAAGUGCGAACCAUCUUCAGGUUUUGCUUCCGCCCGCGCUGCAGACGUUAAGACAGCGCUCUUAGUCAUACUCACAGGAUACGUUGCAGCGAUUCUUAUAGGUGCCGCUGAAUAUUCGUGGAAAAAUCGAAUGGAAUUAAAACGACACUUGAAGAAACGGUGGCGACGCGUUUUUUGUUAAAUCACCG